UAUAAAUAUGAAUAACUUUUGAUUGUGCCCUCAGCCAAAAUUAUUCGAAACUCUUUUUAUCAUCCCUCAUAUGGGAAUGAUGGAAAGGGAUGGAGACACAGGACCAGGACAAAAGGACGAAACUAAGACAGGCGGAGCUAAGGACUCAAAGGUGAACUUUGCAUCACAAGGAGCCUUUCAGAGUAAAUCUACAAUGCAUUUGAGAGAGGAGAAAGAAAAGGUACCAAAGCAAUCAUUUGCAGAUAGGCUCAUUAUUGAUAAAAAUUCUAAGUGGAAAGCUAUUUUUGAUAUAUUGAUCUUGCUUCUUGUAGGAUACUCCUGUAUUACUUCAAUCUUUUAUGUUGCUUUUUCAAGCCCAGAUAGUACCCUCCAUCUCGCUUUUGAUUGGGGUGUAGAAGUUUUCUUUAUUUGAGAUCUUGUUUUUAACUUCUUCCAAGAGUAUAACGACUCUGAGACUUAUGAAAAUGUGAGAGAUCACAAGAAAAUAGCCCUGAGAUACAUGUUCAGAGGAUGGUUCUUUGUUGAUUUUGUGUCAGUAUUUCCGUUCACCGCAAUCUUACAGCAAAAUGCUUUACUGACUAAACUAUUCAGGCUGUUCAGAUUGCCAAGGCUUAUCAAACUGAUUGAUAUUUCGAGGUUUAAUCAGCUUCUGAGAUCCUUCUUUGAGAGCUCAUCAAGGGAUGAGAGAAUAGUUGCCCAAUAUAUGCUGAUGUAUUUCUAUAAAAUCUUCAGGCUUAUAAUUAUCGCAAUUAUUAUCACUUAUUUCUUGGGAUGCUUCUGGUAUCUUAUUUCGAACGAAAUGAAUCCAGCAAGUGCAGAACAGACUUUUGUUAAAAAUUUUGAAUUGGAGAAUGAAGGCAACUUCAGGAAACUUAUUGUGUCAUGUUAUUUCGCUUUAACGACACUUUCUACAGUUGGAUAUGGUGAUUAUUAUCCUGUGAGUAACCUCGAGAGAAUUCUAGCCUGUAUAAUCAUGCUUCUAGGAGUCGCCUUUUUCUCAUUUAUUAUGGGAAACUUUAUUGAAAUCAUAACAAAUUAUGAUGAGAAGAUGGGUAUUAUAAACAAAGGUACUGAGCUACAUAACUGGAUGACUCUUCUAACAAGAUAUACAAAUAAUAAACCUCUCCCAAGGUCAUUGAUAAACCAGAUAGACGAUCACUUCACCUAUUUUUGGGCAAACGAUAGGCUUGCUUCGAUAUCUAAAGAUGAUGAAUACUUGAAUGCUUUACCUAGGAGUAUAAAGAGAACGAUAAUGAUCAAUUAUCUAUUUCAGGAUCACUUCUACAAAUUCAGACAGUUCUUUAACACCUUUGAAAACAGAGAAAGUGAGUUCCUCUACGAUGUUGCAUUUGGUUUCAUGCCAAGAAAAUUCGAUGAGAAUGAAAUCGUCUACGAUGAAGAAGACGAUGUCACUGAGAUUUACUUCAUUAUUGAGGGAACUCUAGGAGUUGGUUUCAGAGUCCCAGGAACUGAGAGCAAUAAUAUCAAACUCAUAAAGUUCUUCAGAGAUGACUCCUUUGUGUGUGACUAUUAUGUCUGUAAUAACAAGAGAAGUGAAUUUAUUUAUCAAGCAUUAAAAGAGACCAAAGUAGUUGCCUUACAAAAGAAAUUUAUGAAAGAAGUCUUUGCAAAGCAUCCAGAAAUUGCCAGCAAAAUCAAAGCUGAGUCUACGAAGAGAUACUCUAAAAUGAUCAGAGAUCCUCUACAUGAACACAGAAUUAAGGAGAUAGAAGAUCUUAACAAGAAGAGUGCAUAUAAAAUAAUUAAAAUUGAAGAUAAGAAAGAAGCUUUCGUAGAAUCCAAUCAAGACGAAAAUGAGGAGGAUGUAAUGGAUGAUGAAUUCAGAAAUGCUAGUAUCCCUGAACUUCACAAUAUUCUUAAGAAGAAAGUUGAAUCUAUCAACGAUGAGAUGAACCAAUUCUCCACAAAUAUUAAUGACUUCUCCUUGAUUUGAGAUAAGGAAUUAAACUCUCUUCUCGAAAACCUAGACACUAUCCAAUCCGCAAUGAACGAAAUGAACUAAAUGAAUAAAUAUUUCAAUAA